GUUUGCACUGUGUUGUAGUGUUUAGAAGUGGGGGAGGCGUCUGAUCAGAGUCAGCAGACAUGUCGGGCUGCAGGCUGAUGAGGGCCAUCAGAGUGAGAGAGUUUGGAGCUCCCUCUGUCCUUACACUCUGCUCUGAUGUGACUGUUCCGCAGCCCGGACACAGACAGGUGUUGAUCCGUGUCCACGCCUGUGGGGUGAACCCCGUGGAAACUUACAUCCGUGCCGGGGCAUACGCCCGUAAACCCGCCCUGCCGUACACUCCGGGCUCUGAUGUAGCUGGAGUGGUGGAAACUGUUGGAGCAGGAGUCACAGCAGUAAAGGCAGGAGAUCGUGUUUUCACCACAGCCACAGAGUCUGGAGGUUAUGCAGAGCUCACUGUAGCAGCUGAAGACUGUGUUCACAAACUGCCCGAUGCUUUAGACUUCACACAGGGAGCAGCCAUAGGCAUCCCUUACUUCACUGCCUACAGAGCUCUGAUCCACAAAGCCCGCUCCAAGCCUGGAGAGACGGUCCUCAUCCACGGAGCCAGCGGAGGAGUGGGCGUGGCAGCCUGCCAGCUGUCCCGUGCUCUGGGUCUCAGGGUGUUGGGAACAGCAGGGACGCCAGAGGGAAUGAAGCUGGUUCUCAACAACGGAGCUCACAUGGCCUUUAAUCACAGAGAGGAGGGCUACACAGAUAAGAUCAUGGAAGCCACAGGCGGCAGAGGUGUGGAUGUGAUAGUGGAGAUGCUGUCAAAUGUCAACCUGAGUAAAGACCUGCAGAUGCUGGCCUACGGAGGACGAGUUACGGUGGUUGGCUCCAGAGGCCCCAUAGAAAUCAAUCCCAGAGACACCAUGGCUAAAGAGAGCAGCAUCAUGGGAGUGGCUCUUUUCUUUUCUACACCGGAAGAGAAGAAGGAGUGUGCGGCGUUGCUGUUCGCAGGGAUGGAAGCUGGUUGGCUGCGUCCAGUUGUCGGUCGUCAGUAUCCGCUCAGCGAGGCCGCCCAGGCCCACCACGACAUCAUUGAGUCCCCAGGGGCAGCUGGGAAGAUAGUCUUGACCAUGUGAUGCCAUGACCAUAUCACAGGUCAAAGGUCACCAAGAAGUUUAUAAAGGGCAGACUUGUUAACAUGAUUACAGUUGAUUUUAAGUGAUUACUGAAAACUGUGCUGACUGAUGCUCAGUGUGGUUAACUAACCUGUUAAUGAUUAGGUGACAGGUAAUUCAACCAUCUGUAUUUUAUCAAUCAUUUUAAUAAAUCAUGCUCAUAAGGAA